AUGAGUAUUGAUAGGAUUUCGAAAAGUGAGCUCUUAGCCAACUAUGACACAUUCCUGUUUGACGCUGAUGGAGUGCUCUGGACAGGCGACAUUCCGGUCCCAGGCGCCAUCGAAUGGAUCAAUUCGCUGCUCGAUGACAAGUCGAAGAAAGUGUUCGUGCUGACGAACAACUCGACAAAAACACUCGAACAGUACAUGAAGAAGAUUGACAGACUCGGCUUCGGUCACCUCGAGAGGGACAACGUGAUCAGCCCGGCUAUCGUUUUAGCUGAUUAUCUCAAGAGCCAGCCCGAAAAGUUCGGCGGAGAACCAGUAUAUCUGAUUGGAACGGAAAGUCUUAAAGCCACACUCGAGACCGAUGGCGGAGUCAAGUGCUUCGGAACGGGACCCGACAGUAUUCGCGAUCACACCGAUGGUGAUUUCAUUCACCGAAUGGACUCGUCUAUUCAGCCGAAAGCCGUCGUUUGCAGUUAUGACGCUCACUUCAGUUACCCGAAAAUCAUGAAAGCAUCCAACUUCCUGCAGGACCCAAACGUUGAGUAUCUCGUAACCAACCAAGACUACACUUUCCCCGGACCCUUUCCCGGAGUUGUCAUUCCUGGAUCUGGCGCCACGUCCGCAUCAGUGACAGCAGUUACCGGAAGAGACCCAAAAGUGUUCGGAAAGCCUCACAAGCCGAUGGCUGAUUUUUUGCUCCGUAGAGCUCACGUGGAUCCGAAGAGGACCGUGAUGUUCGGCGACCGUCUCGACACCGAUAUCAUGUUCGGAAACGCCAACGGGUAAGCCUCCGGAUGUGCGAAUCCGACAUAAUUAACAGUGCUCAGGUUCGCAAGUGUGUGGAUGCCCACAGGUAUUCAUACCGAAGAACACGUCUCUCUGGCGAAAAAGAUUGGUCAGCUCGAUCGUGUUCCGAAGUUUACUCACUGCUUCGCCACCGGAAACUGAAUUCCUAUUUCAUCGAUCUCAUUUAUUAUCUUCCUGCUUUAGAAGUCGACUUCCUCCUAGGUUUCUCCCGAUGACUCUUGUUUUUGCUCAUUGUUCGUUUCAUCUCUGUUUCUCUAACCUUUGUGGCGGUUUUUAGAAUUUAAUAAACUUUUUUCAGGCAGUUGUCGGUCACUCAAAGACAGUGCCAGAAUGAAUCGGAAGGGCCGCAGAAGCAAGGAUGGAUCAGCAAGCUGCUCAAGGGAGAUCAGAUGGACCCGUCCGCCUGGCAAAAGCAGUCCCACUCGUCGUUGCUCUCCAACUCUGAGCUCAUGUACGAGUUCAUGAGUAAGAAAUUUGUUCGAAACAAAUAAUUCAAUAAUGUAUUUCCAGCUCAUAACUAUCGACCAGGAGAGCAAGAUGCGUACCUUGAUGCAUUCGGAAAGUACAAGACCGAGCUGAAUGCGAAAAGACCGUCGAUUGAACUCGUCGGUUCGUGGACCGUCGCAUUCGGAAGGACCAGAGACCAGGCCAUCCAUCUGUGGAGACACAACAAGGGAUACGAAGACGUUGAUUCGUCGAUUUCUCUGCACGGAAAGGAUUCUUCAAUCCGUGCUGCCGACAAAGACGUCGCCAAGAUCUGCGGCCGCCGUAAGAACCUCAUUGUGAAGUCGUUCAGCUACUGGAGAGAGCCGGAGCAACGACCACCGAACCAUGUUUACGAUCUUCGUUCGUACGUUCUGCAGCCGGGAACCAUGAUUGACUGGGCUUCCGCGUGGGCCAAGGGAAUCCAGUACAGAAGAGAAGCCAACCAGGAUGUCGGAGGAUUUUUCGCCCAGGUCGGGCAGCUCUACGUCGUCUACCAUAUCUGGGCAUAUCCGUCCAUGUCGGAUCGCAAUGAUACCCGUCAUGCCACGUGGGCCAAGCCGGGAUGGGAUGCCACUGUCGCCUACACUGGUCCGUUUUCCCGGUCGCGUUCUGUCUUUCAAUUAUUAGUUUUCAGUGCCACUCAUCAAGAAGAUGCAGUCGAAAAUCUUGACGCCGACCAAGUACUCGCAGCUCGAGUAA